UACGAUGCAGUCGAGCGUUACCCUUCCAGUGGGUCAAUACGUGCUGUGGUCCGUGCGAGUGAAUCCUUCGAACCCUCCCCGGUAGCGGUAGUGCAGGUGAAAGUGAAAGCCCUUGCGGAAGCCCAGCGAACGUGUACCAUGCCCGAUAGGAGCGUUCGCUGAGCGAGUGCAAAAUGGUAGUUUCUGUGCGUGAACAAUUGAUCAUUCAGUAUGUGGCAAUGCUUAGGAACGUGCUGCUUUUGAUAGCUGUCUCGUGCAGUGAUCUGGCCGUCCGGGCUAGUGCGGACUUUUACAACUCGAACGAUGUGCAGCUGUACGCCACGCCCGACGACUGCCGGACCAACGAGUACUACGAUCUGUUCGCCUUUAAGUGUAGCUUGUGUGACGACGGGCUCCAUCUGGUUCCGGCCAAAGACAAACUGUCCUGCACGUGCAACGACCAAGCCGUUGCAGUCCGUGACCAUGACAGUGUCCUUCAGCGACCCGUGUGCCAGAACGUUAGCGACUUCUUUGCCCAGUUCCCCGCCACCGAGCGGCUCGACACGGUCAACUACUGCAAAACGAUCCAGGUAGGCAUCGUCAAUACGACCAAAUCCAGCCGGAGCGUAUAUCAACGGCGCCGCACCUUUCCGCCGGGCCGCGACGAGCGUGCCGUUUGCGAGUGUGACCUAAAGGCGAACGUGCUGUACAUCGAGCCGGGCGAUGGAUGGCCGCCGGGUGAUCCGCGUGGUGCUCAUAACUUUUGCAUACCGCUGUCACUGCUGCGGGACGUGCAGCACUCCCCCUUCAGCCUGAACCGAUUGCUGCACCAGAACCGGCAGAACGCGAACGUGUACAGGGAUGUGAGGUACCUAAUAGUGUUUUGUCAUGUGAUGCGAAGCGUGCGACACUGCCAGCAGCUGGCGAAUCUGUGCGUGCUCAGCUUCUACAGCCUGGAGCGCCAUUCGCCGUGUGCCAUUUUCUACACGUACCAAACGUACGACCUGGCCGCGCUCGGAGCGUCGGGUGUGCCGAAUGCCGGCAGUAUGCCCAGCGUGGUCAGCGCCAGCCAAAGCUAUCUGGCCGGUGAGGGUGGGGCCGGUGGUGGUGGAGGGACCCUGCCCAAGCUGGGACCCGAAACGGUCCGGCCGGGGCUGUUCUAUCGGCGCGGCAAGUACGUCAGCGAACUGUUGGAGAAAUUUCUCGACUACAGCUACGACAGCGAUGCGAACAAUCGGCUAAACAACACGCUCAAUUUCACCCUAGCAGGCUACGACUUGUCUGGCCAUUUGCGACAGUUUCGCGAAAUGCGCUUUGCCGAUCUGAACCUUUGCGAACGGUACGACGUCAGUCAGGAGCAGCGGAUACGCUUCGGACAAAGCUAUUACCGCAAAUGUGCACUCAGCGUUAACCGACUUGUUGAGGACUUCCGGGCGGUCGAGUUCCUGUCGCUUUACGUGAGCUACUACGAGCAACGGGUGCGGCUGAUGCGUUCGGUUCCCAUACUGAUCGAGAAUGCGUUUACGCAGAACACUGACCCAGAACCGGAUCGAUGGCAACUGGUGAAACGGUUUCUGCUCGUAGACACCGUGUCUGGACUGAAUGAACUUCACAAACCAAAGCUGUACGGAGAGAUUGAUGUAAAGAAUCAAUUCUUCUUUUUACGCUACGCGAAGAAGAUUGAGCUCGAGUUUAAGCUACAUCCGGAUCAUGGCAAACACCCAAACCGCAUCUCCAUACCGCUGGUGCGAGUGGAAUAUGCACUGCUCAACACAUCUGCGUCCGGACAGGGGGCACUCACAGGUAGUACAGUUGAGUUUGAGUUUCGAGUUACGUUCACCAAGGCAUACAGUUACGCUUCUUUGCUGGAGAUUCUGCUACCAAUAUUCAUACUACUCGCGUUUUCAAUGAGCGUCUUUCAAUCGUACUGCUACAAACUGCGCCAAAGCAAGCAGUACUACGAUAUGGAGAUCUUUUGGAACUUCUUCAUCUAUCUGGGCUCGUACCUCGGGACGGCAUUCCUGAUCGUGCUGGGAGUUAUUGUGCUGCAUGCACUUUUCACCUACAAAACGCAAAGCACGGUACAUUUGCUACUUCCGCUCGAGGUUCAAAAUCUGGUGGAGGUGUUCAUCUACGUUGGAUUUGCUUUAAAGCUCAUAAAGUUGAUGCGUGUGUUUUUCUACAUGGCCAACGUGGACAUCUUCUUCAUUGAUUGGGAGAGGCCUAAGAUAUUCGACAUCAGCACGAUGGGGCAGCGGUUGCACCAGCUAGACACACCAUCCAUUGCAUCGAGCACGAAUACCAAACCCAGCUCGCAUGAUAGUGUGUCGGCGUGGCGAAACUACUUCAUCGCCAACGAAUGGCAGGAGCUGGCAACGAAGCGCAAGAUAUCCAUGUUUGCCCAUAUCGUCCUGCUGGCGCUUGCAUUUGUGAUAUUAGGCUUCGAAAAUUGGGCUUCCAAUGCGUUCGAUUUGCAUCUGCAUCGAAACAGCGAACAUCUAGGCGAGCGGGACAAAAUGCUCCUGAUCGCGGUUGGCAUACUUAUCUACACGACCGUGUACGUUGCCCAACGGUUGUACAAUUUUCUAAUACACGAUCGUUUCAUCGAAAAUGCCAUCCAACAGUUUAUCGAUGUGGCGUCGAUUGCAAACAUUUCCGUGUUCAUACUGAGCAUGGAAUCGUAUGGAUACUACAUCCACGGCCGAUCCCCACACGGGUUCUCCGAUACCGACAUGUGCUCGAUGAUAAUGCAGUUCAAGCGCGAGGAAGAUAAUCUGUGCGGCAAUCGUGGCCUUCUGCCCGGAUCCGAACAACAGACGUACUCCAUUCUGGUGCCAAAGAAUCUGCGCCUGUUUUACGACAAGCUGAUUACGCCGUUACGAAACUCGUCCUCGCUCGGGCCGCAUCAGCAUCUGAAUCGGCCGCAGCUGAUCGGGAGCGCCAAGAUGAGCGCUAGCGAGGUGUUUACCAGCCCGGGCGGUGGCCGGCUCGAGUACAACUUUGAGCGGACCAUACUGACGUACUACAAUGUGAAUCGCUUCUUUGCCACGUUUGUCGAUCAUGCUCUCAAGGAUCUUGACUAUAUUAUCCAAGAGCGCACCAUUCUGGAGAAUAUCUUAAAUUGCGAAUUCCAGAACUACAUUACAGAAAACAAAGGUGUUUUCUACAUCGACAACGGACACUCAUUCGACCAAAUUCUGUUCAACGGCAAUGAGAGCAUUUUCUUCCAGGUUGAGUUGUUGCUGUUUUGUUGUGUUGUGCUGCUGACUGGGAACUAUUUGCUGGGCAUCGUGGUGAUCGGGAUCGUUUACAAAUGUUUCGAGGUGGUUAUGAACUAUGUGCUUAAGAAUAAUCUAGCGAAGAAAACGCUGAUCGAUAAACGCUUUUUGAUAUAAAAUAGGGCACAUUGAAGUUUCUCAAUAGAACAAUAAUAAAGAUAUGCAUUAGUGAUUUUACAAAAUGAAA